GAGCUUUUAGAUAUCCACUGAUGAGAGGCUGUUGGGUCAUGGGAUGCUGUGGAUGCCCCUACCAUUGCUUCUUAGACCUGAUUUAAAUUCUUCUGCUACAUUUCCUGCUCGACUCUUACCUUCACUUUUUGUCCAAGAGAAACCUGAAGCCUGAAAAAGAAAGACAAAAGGAACCUCUUUCUGAAGUUAUAGAAGACAAAAGGAAGAAUCAUGUCCAUGAUUGCAGCUUUCUAUGGUGGCAAGUCCAUUCUAAUUACUGGGGCCACAGGCUUCUUGGGCAAAGUGUUGAUGGAGAAGCUAUUUCGUACCAGUCCAGACCUGAAAGUCAUUUAUGUCCUGGUGAGGCCCAAGGCGGGCCAGACCCUGCAGCAGAGGGUCUUCCAGAUCCUAGACAGUAAGCUGUUUGAAAAAGUCAAAGAAGUUUGUCCAAACGUGCAUGAGAAGAUCCGAGCUAUUUCUGCAGACCUCAAUCAGAAUGACUUUGCCAUCAGCAAGGAGGACAUGCAGGAGCUUCUUUCACACACAAAUAUCAUCUUCCACUGUGCCGCGACCGUGCGCUUUGACGACCACCUCAGACAUGCUGUGCAGCUUAACGUCACUGCCACCCAGCAGCUUUUGCUCAUGGCCAGUCAGAUGCCAAAGCUGGAAGCCUUCAUACACAUUUCUACUGCCUUUUCAAACUGUAACCUGAAGCACAUUGAUGAAGUCAUCUAUCCAUGUCCUGUAGAGCCAAAAAAAAUCAUUGACUCCAUGGAGUGGUUAGACGAUGCUAUCAUUGAUGAGAUCACACCCAAACUGAUCGGAGAUCAGCCUAACACGUACACCUAUACCAAGGCCUUGGGAGAGGUGGUGGUGCAGCAGGAAGGUGGCGACCUCAACAUUGCCAUUGUACGGCCCUCCAUCAUGGGAGCAACCUGGCAGGAGCCCUUCCCAGGUUGGGUUGAUAACAUAAAUGGACCUAGUGGGCUCAUUAUUGCGGCUGGGAAAGGGUUUCUUCGGUCCGUAAGAGCGACUCCGAUGGCGGUGGCGGAUUUGAUUCCAGCAGACACAGUGGUCAAUCUCACGCUGGCUGUAGGAUGGUACACGGCAGUUCACAGACCUAAGUCGACAUUGGUCUACCACUGUACAUCUGGCAACCUCAAUCCCUGUAACUGGGGCAAAAUGGGAUUCCAAGUCUUGGCAACCUUUGAAAAAAUCCCAUUUGAGAGAGCUUUCAGGAGACCCAACGCUGACUUCACAACCAACAACAUCUCAACCCAUUACUGGAAUGCUGUCAGUCACCGGGCCCCUGCCAUCAUCUAUGACUUCUAUCUUCGUCUCACAGGAAGGAAGCCCAGGAUGACGAAGCUCAUGAACCGGCUUUUAAGAACACUUUCCAUGUUGGAGUAUUUCAUCAACCGGAGCUGGGAGUGGAGCACACACAACACUGAGAUGCUAAUGUCUGAGCUGAGUCCCGAAGACCAGAGAGUAUUCAACUUUGAUAUACGUCAGUUGAACUGGUUAGAAUACAUUGAAAAUUAUGUUUUAGGAGUUAAGAAGUACUUAUUGAAAGAGGAUAUGGCUGGGAUCCCAGAAGCAAAGCAACACUUAAAAAGGCUCCGAAAUAUUCACUACCUCUUUAAUACUGCUCUCUUCCUCAUCAUCUGGCGUCUUCUCAUUGCAAGAUCUCAGGUGGCUCGGAAUGUGUGGUUCUUCAUCGUGAGCUUCUGUUACAAAUUCCUCUCCUACUUUAGGGCAUCUAGCACACUCAAGGUCUAAGAACAUUUGGCAAUCUCCCUUUGUCUGGAACCUCUCAGAUACCUCUAAAACAGCAACUGUGGUUCUCAAGAUUAGGUGACAAAUAUGCCCGUUAUUACCUGUCAAAUGUGCUGUCAUGUAUUCAUCCUUAUUUCUUAACUAUACAUUUUCAUUUCAUUUCAGUGAGAGAAGAAAAGUCAUAUCCUAGCCAAUUAUCAUACAAAUUUUCGGGAAAAAUUGUUUCCAGAUUGUUUCUUAACACUAUUCUGUGCUCUUGAAUAUAAAACACCAAAGGACACCCAUCUUCCCUUAUUUAGCUUUGUUCUCCUUGAGAGGACUAAUGUCAACUCAGUAAACAUGGGAGGACACAUGGCAGAAGCUGAGAUAUGCUAAAGAAAGGCAGUUGUCACUGGAACCAUUUAGUAUAGUGUACUUAGUAUAAAGGCUGAAAAUCAAGAUAAGUAGACAAAGGUCUCAACAUUGUCAUAAAUGCUGUAAGAGAAACAAUUCUCCAUGGAGGUUUCUGCUUUCUUUUUGUGCUAUACUAUGGAGUCCUGGUUGAGGGCUGGGGGAAUUAGAAAAGUGGGUUCACAUCUAACAUUUUCCUUAACUAUACCCACAUCUGAAACCUGAAGAGAACCAAGAGGUGUAAAUAAUGUGUAUAGAGUGAGGGCUCAAGCAUAUUUUCAUUAUGGCUGAUUAUUAUGCUUUUAAGUAAAAAUUGGUUCUUGUAAUUUGAAUUUGACAACUAUUAUUUCUAAAUCUUUUGAAUCAUCAAUUUUCCUGAUUACCUCCUCUUAAGAGUUUUCUUCUUGUUCAUUAAAGUGGCCAAAUCCCUGAUAUUUAAGCUUAUAUGGCCCAGGCCUUCGAUUAGUGACUAAUGUUAGAGGAAGGCCUAGGCUAAAAUCACGUAAAAACCCAUUUUCCUGAUCUUUGCACUGAGAAGAGCAAAAUUGUAAAUAAAAAUUUAAAUGCUAGUCAUAUUUUCUGUGGGGAAGUUCACUCUUUCACCAGGACUUGCUAGUAUCUUGAUCACCCCAGUUGCAGAAUGUUACCUGUACAAUGUUCAGCAGAAGAGGACAGACUUCAUUAAGUGACUCAAAGUUCAGAGAACAGGUGUUGUUUUAAAAAUAUUUUAUGAAUAAUGCAAAUGAAUUAGUAAAAAUCUGUUCUCAAAAUCCUAUAUUAAUAAUAUAACUGUUAUCCCAACUUUCAUCAUAUUUGAGAAAUGAGUGCAUUUUAGAUUGCAGUCCUUCAUGUUAAAAACAUGGGAUACAAUUCAGAUAACAGUACCUGGGGCCUAAGUAACUAAAAAUAAUCAUAACUACUAGAAAACUAUAUGAGCAUAAAACAUUCAAUGGUAGUUAUACAUAUGCUCACUUCCUGGGAUAAUUGGUUAAUACUCAGAAAGGCACAUCCAGGUGGUAGAAGUGUACUAGAACUGUGAGAGCAACUUCUAGCCCAGUAUUAUUGGAAAUUUUUCUGAACCCCAUAAAGUGCACUUGGGGUCAGCGCAGGGAGGCUCUUCUGGGCAAUGUCUUUCUCAAUCUCAUCUAAGUUAUGCCAACUACUUUCCAGGGCAGAAAACCCAGCUCUGAAAGAAAGCACCUGGUUAUCUUCAGUUUGAGAAUUCUGUGUAAUAUGUUUGAGUUAAGAUAAAAACUAUAGAUGAUAAAAAUGAAAUCAAGAUAUAACUCAAUGAAAUUGGAUAAAACAUAAUAGUUCUAAGAAUUUACUAUCUUUUGGUUAUUAUGUUUCACCAAUUCAAUAAAUUCCACUGAUCAUUCAGUUUUGACUUGAUUAAAUGAAAAUUUGAAUUAAAGACUGAUUUCCUCUC